UUGAAACCCUUGCCACCCUCGACUCCACAGUCGACCAUUGCAUUCGAGCUCGCGCUCCGGCCCUUAUCCGAUCUCAAUUGGCAAUUGCACGAAAACGCUUCCUCUCACUGUUUUCAAUUGCUAGAAUCCAGAGUUUCAUCGCCAGUUGCAGGAACCAGAAGAACCUCUCCUCUCUCUCACGAUGAGAUUCAAAAGGCAAAAGCGUCACCGGAGAGUUGUGAGAUUUUACGCUGCAUGUUUUGGAUUCAGGCAGCCAUUUAAAGUCCUAUGUGAUGGAACUUUUGUGCAUCACCUUCUCUCCAAUCGUAUAGUGCCUGCUGAUAAUGCCCUUGCCAAAACAAUUGGUGGCCCAAUCAAGCUUUUCACUACCAGAUGUGUACUCUCAGAGUUGAAGGCUCUUGGCCAAUCCUAUUCAGAAGCUUUUGAUGCGGCUAGUAGGCUGCUUAUUGCUAGAUGUGACCAUGAGAGAAGAAAGAGUGCUGAGGCAUGCAUCAGUGACGUGAUUGGCGAGUCAAAUGCUGAGCAUUUUUUUGUUGCCACUCAGGAUACUGAUCUCAGGAAGAAGCUGCAAGAGAUACCUGGGGUUCCACUCGUAUAUGGUCUGAGAAAUGCACUUUUCAUGGAGCAACCAUCUGUCUUGCAACGUCAGUUUGUCAAAUCUUCAGAAGAAGAAAGACUGCACAUGUCUGAGCUGGAACGUGAUCUAUUAAAGAAAAGGAAGUACAGAGUGGAAACUGAGGAAACUAAUGAAGAUAGGGGUUUGGGAGAUCAAAAUUUAGAGACACAAGCUAUGAAAAAGAGAAGCACUUCAAAUGAACUGAAGGAUAAAAUUCAAUUUAAGAGAAAGAAAGCAAAGGGUCCGAAUCCUCUUUCGUGUAAGAAGAAAAAGGAGAAUCCAAGCCAACAUCCGGUUUCAGAGAAGCAUAAGAAGGAUAAUGAUAGUGCUGCUGAAAGCAGGACACGGAAACGAAAGCGGUCUCGUAAAGCCAAAAUGCCAGCAACGACUAUGGGCACACCAUAGUUGGGGUCCUCCUCUGUUGUGGCUUUGGAAGUUUUGCUGCUUUGAGGUAAAUGUUAAAAGUGAUUUUGUUUUAACUUAAGGUAUUCCCUGGUUAGAGAGGAUUAGAAGUUGGAAUUUAGAUGGGAGUUUUUGCUCUUCCCUACUAAGAAAUUGGAGCUUCCAUUUAUAAGGAAAUUGUAUUACUCCACUAGUCCAUAUUAUUUUGUGUUCUUCUGAUUAUAUAGUCCAAGGAAAUUGAUUCUUCCUUUC